GGAACAUUUCAAUUUCUCAAAAUUAGUUGCAAACUCACCAAGUAGACUUGUAUAUAUAGAGCUUGGACACGAUCUAUUUCUUACACCAUUCCAUUUUUUAUUGCAAAUUUCAAAAACAAAGAUAUGAAGAUGUUAGGUGUUAAAACCUUAUUCGUGAUUUUACUUUUGCAUGCAAUGUUGGCGUCACUGGUAUCCGAAGCUGCAUCUGGCAACAAGGUUAAGCGUGUUAAGCCUCCAAAACCCGUCAAACCCGUGCAAGAGAUUUUAACAUGUAAGAGUCGUAAAAGCAAGUGUUUCAAGAAGCGCAUCACAUGCCCCAUAGAAUGCCCGAAAGUUAAGCCAAAGAACCCAAAAGACAAAGCUUGCUUUCUUGAUUGUUACUCACCCAAAUGCGAGGCCGUGUGCAAAUCACGUAAACCAAACUGUAAUGGACCCGGAGCUGCAUGCUAUGACCCACGAUUCAUAGGUGGUGAUGGAAUUGUAUUCUACUUUCAUGGAAGGAGCAACGAGCAUUUCAGCUUGAUAUCUGAUUCUAAUCUUCAAAUCAACGCACGUUUUAUUGGACUUAGACCUGAAGGUAGAACUCGCGACUAUACAUGGAUCCAAGCAUUGGGUCUCAAGUUUGGCCACCAUGAUUUCACCCUUGAAGCAACAAGAACCGAAAAAUGGGAUGGUAAUGCUGAUCACCUUAAGUUAUCGCAUGAUGGAAUGGAAUUGAUCAUUCCAGAGGGUGAUUCUUCUGAAUGGAAUUCGACACAAGGAGACAUACAAGUUGAAAGGACUUCAACAACCAAUAGUCUAACAAUCACUAUUCCAAAUCUUGCAGAAAUAUUUGUUAAUGUGAUUCCAGUAUCAGAAGAAGAUAGUAAGAUACAUAAUUAUCAGAUUCCUUUAAACGAUAGCUUUGCACAUUUGGAAGUACAAUUCCGAUUCUUUGGGUUGUCAUCCAAUGUUGAAGGGAUUCUUGGUAGAACUUACCGUCCUGAUUUUGAAAAUCCAGCAAAACCAGGAGUGGCAAUGCCGGUGAUCGGGGGUGAUGAUAAGUACAAGACUAGUUCACUUCUUGCAACAGAUUGUGCCCUUUGUGUGUUCUCUCCUGAUAAUAUCAAGGAUGAAGACGACUCACUAAUGAUGGAAUAUGGCAUGCUAGAGUGCCAAGGUGGAGGGGAUGGAAUUGCAUGCAAGAAAUAAUAGUGUUGCAAUAUUUAAUGUCUUUUGCGUGAUUAAUUUGUGGUCAAAGUAUGUGUUUAUUGUGUCUUUCACUUUUGUAUUUGUCAAUUGAUUGAUAAAGUCUUCGAAUACAUGUAUUACA